AUGACCUCCGUGAUGAAACGCCAAAAUGGAGGCGGGAACCCGUUCCAACAGCACCGACUGCUGACUCAGAUCAAAGACAAGCCAAUCAGCUUUGUGCGUGCCAAAAACCCGGAGCCAGUCGCUAUCAAACCCGCGUCAUACAUUCUCAUCAAGCCCAAGCAAAGAGAAGAGGAGGACACAAGCCCUGGAACAACGUUGUCCGCCGCCACUCCGACCAACUUCAUCCCUCUGAGCGCCACAUUGGAUCCUGGAUCGCGCUCACCCAGCAAGAUUCAAAAGGCGUGGAAGAAGGGUACUCCCUCGCCGGCUGGUCUCAUCAACCAGGGAGUCACGUGCUACAUGAACUCGGCGGUGCAGCUGCUCAUGCACAUGCCCGCCAUGAGCAACUACCUCGCUGAUAUUCUGCUGGCCAAAAAGUACCCGGGGUCCGUGACUCAGGUGUUUGCCCAGCUUUACGGCAAGCUGUUUGGCGGUAAGAAGAACAUCUUCCCUCGCCAACUCAUCGGCCGACUCGACGACAUCAACUGCAUGAUGUCCGAAUGGAACCAGGAAGAUGCUCACGAGUACUUCAUGUCGCUCAUGAGCCGGCUGCAGGAAGACUCCACCCCCAAAGGCGAGAAGCUCAACAGCUCCGUCAUUUACGAUAUGUUUGGAGGCAACCUGGAGCAGGUGGUAGUUUGUGGAGGCUGUGGCAACGAGUCCGUGACCAAGCAGGACUUUUACGACCUCUCGGUCAACCUGGAUGAGAAGAAACCCGAGGGACGAAUCUCUCUCAAACGAUGCAUCACUCGGUUCUUUGAGGAGGAGCAGAUCCAGAAGAAGGACGGAUACAAGUGCGACGAGUGCCAAAAGACAACCAGCGCCAAGAAAACCUCGCGAAUCCACGAGUUCCCGGAACACCUCGUGGUCCACGUGAAACGGUUCAAGUUUGUCAACGACCAGCCCCGCAAGAUGGGCGCGCCGUUGGAUUACCCGGCCGACCUCGAUCUGGGCCACUACUCACGGGACAAGCAGCGGGCCGGUGUGGUGCCGUACAAGCUCAUUGGUGUCAUUGCCCACUGUGGCCGAACAACCGGCUCGGGCCAUUAUAUUGCUCACGUGAGACAGCCCAACGGCAAGUGGGCCACCUAUGAUGACGAUCUCAUUGAGCCGCUGUCGGAGAAAAAGGCGCUCAAGGAGGAGGAUGCGUACAUGCUCAUGUAUCAGCGUCUGACGCCGCAGGCGUCCAAGUCGAAGUCGGCGUCUGGCCCGAAAUCCGUCGCCAUGGGAACACCAAAGGCUGCUGGCAAGGUGACAAAGCCCGUGGUGAAGACUGGCAAGGGGCAGCGAAAGAUGGCCGAUAUUGACAACAUUUUUGCAUCUGCGAAGCGCAAGAAGAACUCGGGCUUUGUUUAG